GUCAUUCAUUAAACGAUUGAUAAUUUCGAAUUUCCAAUCAAUCAGUCGGCAAUAUGGCGUUAAUGGUGUCGUUUGUGUCGGUAGCCGUUUCUAUAUUAUACACGCCGUUCCUGCUGCUUAUUUUGUGUGUGAUAUUCUUGGCAUCUAUUGGAAAAUCUUUGGGUGUAAGGCGGCUUUAUGUGAACAUAUUACUUAAACUUUUCGAGUAUGGCAGGCAGCACAUCGAAGUCGCCAAGAAGCUGCAAAGGACCGACAGUUCCGAUGAAGAGGAAACACCAGUGGUUGAUGAUAACAAGCCACCAUCAGCGACCGUCAAGGAAAACGGUGUCAAUGGUACGAAAACAAGUGUGAUCGAACGACAAGAAAUAUUGGGUCCCUCGCCAGAGCUGAACUACAAGGGGAGUGCGAGCCAGGAGCGUGUUCAGAAUGGACAUACAACGGAUCCCGGAAAAUUGGAGACGAAUUUAGAGUUCCAUCUUCACCAUUGCAUGGAUCUCGUCAAGGCCGGCAUGGAAUCGAUCAUCGAAGACCAAGUGACUUCAGUUUUCGAAGCUGAAGAGCUCCGGAGUUGGAAUCUCCUCACGAGAACUAAUAGACAAUACGAAUUCUUAACAUGGCGCUUGACGAUCAUCUGGGCUAUGGGUUUCGUAGUUAGGUACUUCUUCCUACUACCCCUCAGGGUCCUGAUCUUCAUCAUUGGGGUAUUCUCGAUGAUAACGUCAAUGACGCUCAUCGGAGUGUUGCCAGACAGCCGAUUUCGUCGGUUCCUCGGCGCCGUGGCGUAUAAAAUCGCGAUACGGACGCUAAUGCGAAGCAUGUCGUGUGUUACCAACUUCCACGAUACGCAGUACAUGCCGAGGUCGAAUGGUUUCUGUGUUGCCAACCACACUAGUCCGAUUGACGUCGGCGUUUUGAGUGUCAACAGCUGUUUCUCCUUGAUUGGUCAGCGACAUAAUGGUUUUCUAGGGCUCUUACAGAGGGCCCUGGCUCGGGCUUCGCCCCAUAUCUGGUUCGAACGAUCUGAGGUCAAAGAUAGACAUGCCGUAGCGAGAAGAUUAAAAGAACAUAUAUCGGUAGCCAACAAUCCACCGAUUCUGAUCUUCCCCGAGGGUACUUGCAUCAACAACACAUCCGUGAUGCAGUUCAAGAAGGGUAGCUUCGAAGUCGGCGGCACGAUAUACCCGGUCGCCAUCAAGUACGACCCGCGCUUCGGCGACGCGUUCUGGAACAGCUCCCGCUACGGGAUGCUGCACUACCUGCUGAACAUGAUGACGUCGUGGGCCAUCGUGUGCGACGUGUGGUACCUGCCCGCCAUGCACCGCGAGCAGGACGAGAACGCCGUGGACUUCGCCAACCGCGUCAAGGCCGUCAUCGCGCGCCGCGGGGGGCUCGUCGACCUCAUGUGGGACGGUCAAUUAAAACGCAUGAAAGCUAAGAAGGAAUGGCGAGAGUUACAACAGGAAGAGUUCAGCAAACGAUUAAAAGGGGAGUAAGAACGAGGAGUUAUUAGUAAGUGUCGACUUCGGGAUGAGUCUUGUCUCUGUCUCACUUCAACGUAGCGAGUUAGAAGAGAACGGCAAUAUAUAUCGUCAAAGCAUUUGUAUAUAAAAGAAAAAUCGGUUAAAUUUUUUUUUUUAAAUCCUUGUAAUUAAUUCACUUUUAAACACUUUAGUGUUUUGUUAAACAUUUGACCUCUCUUUCUGUCACCUUCGUUACGACAUACGAAAGAAAGGGACGGCAUUGUUUCACAAAUCACCCGCGAAACAUUUGUAGUGAGCCGUUUAGAUGAAGAUUUUUGUAAACUUUCGGAUGUCUUUUGUGUAAUCUGUACGAAUUGUAAACGUAAAGAUUGAAAGUUGUAUUUUUGGAAUAAUUGUUCCUGUUGUCGGGUCGUAUUGUUAAGGGGUUGGGGGUUGAAAUCAAAAUACACAUUAUUUAAGUAGGCUUAUACAGUUUUGACGGUUUUACAAGAAAGCCGCAAAACAACAGUUGUUAUUGUUGUGUUCCGGUUUGAAGGGUGAGCGAGCCAGUGUAAUUUCAGGCAUAAGGGACAUAACAUCUUAGUUCCCAAGGUUGGUGGCGCAUUGGCGAUGUAAGCGAUGGUUAACAUUUCUUACAAUGCCAAUGUCUAUGGGCGUUGGUGACUCACCAUCAGGUGGCCCAUAUGCUCGUCCGUAAACCUAUACUAUAAAAAAACCGGUUCGUAAUGUAGAUUUAAAAACCGGCAAGAAAAUCAGUUACUGUUUCAACCAUUUCAAAUAUAUCAUAAUCAUCUAUUUAAUCUUAGGUAAUACACAUUAUUUGCUUAUGUAUUUAAAAAAAAUCACAUAAUUAAAUUAUAUAGCUAUAUACAUAGCCUAUGUCCUUUCUCGGGGCUUAAAUUUGCUUCAUAAGAAAUUUCAUCAAAUUCGGUUCAGUAGUUUAGCAGUGAAAGCGUAACAGACAAACAGAAUUUAGCAUUUAUAAUAUUAGGAUAUAUUGAUGCAUUACAUCGAAUCUUACUUUCUUAUAGAUUGUUUUUUUUUUUUUGUAUUAACCGUAGGAUUACAGAUUAUAAAAGCAUGUAUGUAUAUCGAUUUGUUACAGUGUGUAACGGGAAACGUUUGUCAAUUAUAAAAGUUUUUGAACGUUGUUCUUUGUUUACAUUUUGUAUCAAUUAUAAUAGAGAAACUAAAUAUUAUCAAAAUUGUAAAUCGAACUAUACAGUCGAUAUGAGCACUCGUUUUUUUUGUUUUGGAAAAUCAUCCUAUUAUUGUGCUAUGAAACGAAUCAUACAUGUUUUCAAUCGAACAGCAAGAGAAGUAAACAUUUUUUAAUUAAACUGUCCAAAGUGCCCGAUUGUUUUUUUAAAUAGCGAAUACUUAAUUUUAAACUCAUCGAAAAUAUUAACAUAUCGGAAUUGUAAUGAAAACCCCAUAGGUAUGAUGCCCAAAGCGAUUUAUCAAUUAAAAUAAGCUGUCAUUCAAUCAUUCAUUCAUUCGAUCGUGAACUGAUCUUAAUCGUGUUUUCUAAAGGGGAAAGGGGAUCUAAAAAAAGCCCUUUGAUAUCGGCACUAUUUCUUUCAGAAUUUUAUUCAUAUCGGUAGCUAUUUAUUUCGUUAUACAUAGCAUUUAAAUAUAAAAAAAUAUAUUAGUUUGGAGUAUAUAUAUGUGUGUAACGCUGCGAUCACACUUAUGUCUCGGUUGCGUAAUUGUGACGCAACUCUAAUCGGUCCAACCUCGCUCGGACAAGCGUUUAAUACCUUUAGAGUUAAUAGUGGAUAAUUCCAAAUGUAUCGUUUAUGUAAUCACAAUUUGUAUAUAAAUUGGUGUAUUUAAAGCUUAUUCUUAAAUAUAUAAUAACAAACAUCUAUGUAACUUGUUUGUAUAACGUCGAUUGUGACGCCAAUCUUUCGAUAGUUUAAUCAUUUAAUGUUAUUAAACUUAAGUCUCGUGGUCGAUUACACGCAAAUGUCUGACUGCAGUCUUAUUUAUAUAAUAUUAUAUUGUAUCAAAUAUACUUAAAACACAAAUUCAUACACAGAUUUUAAAUCACAGUUUUCUUUUAAUAAAACAACUGAUCUUCUUGCUUAGUUUUGGUAUAUCUGUGUUUUAAAAUGGCGUCCUAUCGUUUGAUAAAUAACGUGACUAAAAUUUAAUGUCUCAUAGAUAAUUAACUUCAUACAAUAUCAUUUGAUAAUCGAAUGAUUUAAUAAUAACCAGACUUGGGCAUAAUGUAAUCAGUAUAACGAUUAACGAUUACAAUAUGUAAUCAUCAAUCACGAUUACAGAUUAACUUUGAUUAUGAAGAGGUCGCGCGGAGUUUGACUCGCUCACUCUACUUUUUUUUAUUACAUUCGUUAUAAUGUAAUCGUGAUUAAAUUUUAAAUAUUUUAAUCGUAAUCGUUAAUCAGAUUAUAUUUGUCCAAGCCUGAUAAUAACAUUUAUGUUAGAACAACUGUUGCGAAUUGAUUGCUUAUCAGAUGAUAUUAAUUGAUAUGGAACGAUUUUCCCCUGUCAGACGUUAUUUGUCAAACAUUUAGAAUCGUUUAAAAUAAAAUCACAAAUGUUGCCGUAUUUUAUUUAGGUUAACGCAAAAAUACUUAAAAUAUUUUAAUCUCGUCUUAACGGUUGUAAAGAAUGAAAUUGGCGUAUUAAUAUUGACAAAUAAAACUGGUCGUUAGCAAGUAGCUAUAACAUAUUUAUAAAAUAUGUUACAAUUAUUAUUAUAUAACAUAAGCAUUUAAUGCGUUUAUGUAAUUGCAAUUGUUUAAUUGUAAAAACGCAAUGAUGUAAUUGCGUUUUUACAAUUAUAUAAUUGUAAAUGAACUUUCGUGUAAUUGUAAUAAUUACAAAUGUGUAAUGGAGUAAAUGUAAUAAUCGUAAUGUCGGUGAUAACUGUUGUGAUUUAAGAAUGUUUUGUAUGUCUGUAUUUUAACGAUUAAUUGUAAUAAUUUAUUGUAAAAUUAAUUUAUAUUACAAAUGAUAAACGAU